UAUUUAAUCUUUAUUCUUGUACAUAAGCAUAUAUUAUAUUAAAAGUAAAUGUAAAUAUAGGCUUGAGUCAGUCAAUGCCUUUGCCUUUAUCUAACUCUUGAUCUAAAACACAUCCCAUUUGGUUUGGCCAUUUCCAAGUUUUGUAAAAUUGGGCAAAGUCUAAAAAGUUCUCUCUGUCCUUGUUUCAAAGCAUAAUCCCUUCGGUGUUACCAAUGAAACAUCAACUUAACAAAGGAAACAGUCGUCUUCACUUUUCUUCCUCUAAGCUCCUUAGCCGGCCAAUCAUGAUCACGGCUCAAUCUCAUAUGACACCGUCGUCGUCGUCGGACAUGGAUCCCGGUAUCUGGAGCAAGCUGCCAGAGGAACUCAUGGAGCUAAUCCUUUCAUUUCUACCUCUGAAAAACUUCUUUAACAUUAGAUCAACUUGCAAGACAUUCAGGUCUAUGGUAUUCUCACCUUGUUUCAUUUCCAAACACACUUCCUCUUUACAAUCUUUUUCUUCUUUUCUCUUGCUUUCUCACCCUUAUUCUCCCCGUCGCUUCCCUCUUUAUGAUUCCAACCUAAACGCUUGGCGAAAGCGAGCUCUUUAUUCCUCUGUUUCGUUACCUUCUUCCGCUUCUCUGCUCUCUUCUUCUUACAAUGGCCUCCUUUGUUUCUCUCUCCCUACCUCCUCUUCCUUCGUUGUCUCAAACCUCUUGGCAAGUACUGAGAGAGAAAUCAAAUUCCCAAAAUACCCUUUCCCAUUCGAGCUUCUCACUCUAGUUUCCACCCCAUUUGGCUACAGCAUCUUUGCUCUCUGUUCUCAAUCGUCCUCAAAAUCCACCUACCUUUACGAUUCAAGGAGUCAUUCCUGGACUGAAUCAGACGGCUUCGAGCCAAUUCUCAACGACAGGCACCACCAGGAAGGUGUUUACUAUAAAGGGGCACUGUAUUUCACCACGGCGGAGCCAUUUUCCAUAGUUAGCUUCGAUUUGGAGAAAAGGGUUUGGCGGAGAUCAGAAGCAGAGGUUCCAGGGGAGCUCACUUUAGCUCGAUUGGUAAGUGAAAAUGGUGGAGAAGGAGGAGGGAAUGAAAGGCUAUACUUGAUCGGAGGUAUAGGAGUGAGUGGGAUUACGAAGAUGUUGAAAGUGUGGGAAUUGGGAUUGGGGAAUGAGUGGUUGGAGUAUGAUAGAGUACCUGAAAUGAUGUGUAGAAAAUUCACGUCCGUGUGUUACCAUAAUUAUCAGCAUGUUUAUUGCUUUUGGCAUCAGGGAAUGAUAUGCAUUUGUUGUUAUACAUGGCCUGAGAUUCUCUACUUCAAAUCAAGUAGGAGGACUUGGCAUUGGCUUCCCAAAUCUCCUUCAUUACCUGAUAAAUGGAGUUGUGGUUUCAGAUGGUUUUCUUUUAUUCCUAACUUAUAUGCUUCAGUUUGACUUGUAAAAUUUCUUUUUCAUUGGUGAUGGUGCUACAUUGUUUAUUACGCUUA